GAUAACUCGUACAAGGUGAAUUGUGGCUUGUUGUACCAGCGGAUGCUAUCUAGAGCGUCAGAGGUCUGUGAUUUAAAGCAUAAAAUACUGACAAGCGAGUAAAUUGUUCAGAUUACCCAUCUGCUCAGAUAAGGCAUUCCAGUUACCGUCAAACUCCAUUAUAACUUCUUGACUGUGAGUAAACACCUUCGAGCGCAACGACGAUGGAGCAAUUAUUCUAUCCUGAGGCAAUUAACAAAAGGGAAGGCAUGCGUAGAAAAUCAUCAGCUAGUAAUUUGCUCUCAACCCUUGGUACUUCUUCAACUUCGGGUAGAUCGCGACAAGGCAGCGAUCCAAUUGAGAAUAUAGCCCUGAACGAUAAUGACGGGAUGGAUUUAUUAAAAGACACUAUCGUUAGACGUAUAAAAUCAUUCAAACUUAUGAGAAUGGCUUAUGAAGGGAAAUUACACUGGUUUAAUACAGUCUUAUUAUCCAGGCAGGACCUGGAGCACACAUUGGAUGACUACAAAAUGGCCAAGAGAACCAACAAAUUUCUUAUACUCGGUUUAUCCCUUAGCUAUCACCUUGAUAAUCAUCAACCAUCAGAUUUCGUAAAGAGUUUAUCAGCCACUUUAUCUGAAUUUGAUAAUAUAGAGGAUGAAAAUUUUAAACCUAAGAUCAAGAAUCUAUUCAAAAUGAAGCAGUCAAAAAAGGGUGCUUCAAAUGACGGAAGUGGAUCUAAUGAUAUCACCUACUUAACAAACCCAAAUAUACCAUUUCAAUUGAGUUAUUUUGAGGUAAUAUACACAUUAUGCGAUAUUCUCGUACAGAUAUAUUGCAAAUUAUCCUCAAUACUUGGAUCAACAAUGGCCAAUUCAAGCCCAUUAUCACCUAUGUAUAGUAUAUCUCCAACAAAUUACUCUACAUCACCACCACCACCACCGCAAUU